GGCAAAGUGUCUAUAAUGAGAGUUUGGCCUUCCGAUGCAAAUUCCGACGAAGACUACGCCAUCAUCUGGGCAAUACCAGCUGGCACGAAGAAUGGCAAUGGAAAUAACUCGUUGCACAAAAUCGCUACUAAUGUCCCGUUAAUGAUGACGCGUAACGAAAUUCACAAUCGAAUGGCACAAAAAAUGCCAUAUGCGAUGUAUUACAGCGCCAAUCGCCACGACAACAACAAUAGUCCCUAUGAUACUGGCAACAGUAGCGCGCAGCUGCUACAUGCACCCACAAUAAACACAGUGACAACACUAAAUGAUUCGACACACACGAGUACGGUCAUGUAUGACGAGCAAAACCUGGAAGACAUCAAUCGCUCACUCUUGCUGACGACAGCUGUCAGCGCCACCGCAACGCCCGCCAGCGGCAGCAACAACAGCAGUCCGCUUCAAACGGGGUUUAUGGCCAACAACACUAAUAAUGUCGCAACUGCCAUUGACGCGGACGAGGAAUGGGCGCGGUUCUACGACCUGAUGCUGUCGUGGCAGGGCAUUUGUCUAAUUGCUGUCUUCAGCACUUUCAUUGUGGUUACCAUCAUCGGCAACACUCUCGUCAUAUUGGCCGUCAUAACAACGCGUCGCUUAAAAACGGUCACCAACUGCUUCGUUAUGAGCUUGGCCAUCGCUGACCUUCUGGUGGGUAUAUUUGUGAUGCCACCCGCUGUAGCUGUCCACUUGAUAGGCUCCUGGCGUCUGGGAUGGGUGCUCUGCGACAUUUGGAUAUCACUGGAUGUGCUGCUCUGUACGGCAUCUAUACUGAGCCUGUGCGCCAUCAGCGUCGACAGGUACUUGGCCGUUACGCAACCUCUGACCUAUUCACGCAGAAGACGCUCCAAGCGAUUGGCGUUCAUAAUGAUUCUGGUUGUUUGGGUCCUGGCUUUGGCUAUCACGUGCCCGCCAAUGUUGGGUUGGUACGAGCCAGGGCGACGUGACCUAAGCGAGUGUCGUUACAAUCAGAACGAAGGAUAUGUGAUUUUCUCCGCCAUGGGCUCAUUCUUCAUUCCGAUGGCCGUUAUGAUUUAUGUUUAUGCGAGAAUUUCAUGUGUUAUUUCGUCGCGCCAUGACCACAUGACGGACAUCAGCGUACAUAAUAAGAAGUUCAAGCGUUACACAGCCGCCGAUGUAGAAAAUGACAUUGACCAUGACUUCUCUGAGCAGGAGCUCAGUUCGGGCCAACGAAAGCAGGCAGCAGCCCGUACAUUUUCAAACCAAACCAUCGCCAAGGAGUUGCAUGACGUGAUGCUGUGCGAAGGUGAGGCUGGCGGCGCCACUACCACGGCAGCUACUGACGGCAGUGGCAAUGAUAAUGGCAACGGUGGUGGUGGUGGUGGUUCGUCGCCUCAAUGUCACUCUUUACUUGCUCUAAGCACAGCGAAUGCCAAGAAUAGUUGCUAUGAAUUAACGCGUCCGUCGUCUUUAAGGCGGACCCCGACAUCGUCCUCCACCACAACCGUUAUGACAAGCGGUUGCGGCGGCGGCGGUGGUCUGAACAUUCCCGCAGUUGGCAAUACAAGCUUAAGUGAUCAACACUGGCCGGCACGUACGCUUAGCGUGCGACAUCACCAUCAUUUUGGCGCUUCCGGCGGCGGCAGCGGCUCAGGCUUAAACGCGAUUGCUUCUGCAGCCAGUGCGACCACAUCGCCGCAUUUGCAGCCGGAAGCAGCUGCACUGACACGUCAUACACGCAUACAGCAACAACACCAUCACCACCAUGCCAAAUCUCUUUCGAAUCGCAUCACUUCGCUGAAAAAGGAGAACAAAACUACGCAAACGCUGAGCAUUGUUGUGGGCGGCUUCAUCGCCUGUUGGCUACCGUUCUUCGUAUACUAUCUGAUAACCCCUUUCCUGGAGGAGCAUCAAGUAAGUCGAACGCUGGCGAAGGGACUCACUUGGCUGGGUUGGUUCAAUAGCGCCAUAAAUCCCUUCAUUUAUGCCUUCUACAGUGUUGAUUUUCGAGCGGCAUUUUGGCGACUGACGUGCAAGCGCUUCUUCAGUGUCUCCAUGAAACCGCAAUUUCCAACGAACACUAUGUCCAUAAGACGAUAGUUGAAUGCUCUGCAAAUAUGUUACGUAUAAAUAGUUAUAUCUAGCUAAUAAGUGUAGCAUAAGGAAAAGGGAAGUAGGAUUGGAAUAUUUUUUUUUCAUAUUCAAGUUCAUUUAAUUGGAAUUUUGUAAGACGACGUGGCUCCUAAAACGAUUACUUGAGGCAUUUGUGUGCUGGGUUCAAUUUAGAAUUCACUUCAGUCCUCCACUGACUACGCAUUCAGGCCUUUUCGAAGUUAAAUUGAAUAAAGCGCAUAGAUCUAAUAGUGAACUUGUAUCUGAAGAAAGGGACCUCUUAAUAAUUUUGAAAAUGUCAAAUGUUGAAAUGCCAAUUCUUUUCCACAUAAAAUUUAGAAAUUUAUCUUCUCUUCAAAAGAUGCAGUCUAGCAAUUGGAUUAAAAACUCAGUUGCGCUCCAUUUCAUAAUUAAAUAAUUUAACGUAUGUGGGGUAUUACCUUUUUCCACUGAAAACAAAACGAUAUUUUUUUCAAACUUUAUCAAAACCGUUUUACCACCCACGAAUGAAUAAAAUCAUCAAACUGAACGUUCACAUUGACUUGACGAAAAGGCCACAGGGUCGUAUAUUGGACUGCAACAAGCAUCAGUGGCUCAAGGGCAACAGUUGGAAAUCAUCUACGCCUCUGAAUGCAAAUCGAGCUCGCUCUCACGCACCAAUACAUAGGCGCAGGCUCACCAAUAUCUGAAUGCAUGUUUUUGUGAGGCGGUUGCCACGCUAAACUGAUUUCGAAUCUGUAACGUUGGCAUAUUUACGAGUCCGUUUUUAUUUUUCUAUGCAAAGUUGAAUUGAAAAUUGUCUGUUUUCGUUAUUUUGUUGCUCUAUCUUUGCAUGCACCGCGCCGAAAACACAAGCCAAAAAAACACACGAGCUCACAUGUAGUGGGGAUCACUGCGAAUGCGGCGCAAACGUUUUGCUGUGGCGCGAAAAUGACCGAGACGCAACGUGACUAGCAUUCGCUCAGCAGUAGCGUGUGUCGCACUAAUGUAAUUUAGUUGCACGGAAUUUGUAGAGCUGCCAAAGCAAAAAGUUAAAUUUCGCCUGUCAGACGUUUGUUCGUUCGAAAGUUGCGUUGCAAGAAAACAAAAACAAUAAACGGAAAAAUUACAAAAUUUGGUGCAAUGCAGCCCAAUAAGCUGCGGGGGCGCGGAGAGUAAGGCGUGCUUUUGCUAUAACAUACUUUAGCUCAACAAAGCAAAACAGAUAAAAGUGUCCGUGGCAAGUUUGUUAGAAACUUCAAAUUGAGGUUGCCACGGGCGAAAAUGCGAAGUUGCGCAGGUAAGCGGCUCAACAGUGCGUAUUAGUAACUUCGAGAUUUUCACAAUAAUUAAAGAACAAAUGGAGCAAAUAAUAAUUUGUAUAAUGUAUGUAUUUUCCAUGUAAAUAGCUUGCCGAAGGCCCCUUAGUGAACUCAUUUUGCUUGCUAAUGGAACAAGCUCAGCUUAUUGAGUUGUAAUUAACUUAGUUCGCGUAAUUUUUGCCUAACGAAAAGCAGUUUUUAUGAAAGCACGUACAAAAUCAUCAAAAUUUCUCACCAAUUCAGUUCAUAAAAGCAAAUUUGAAAUAAUAAUUAGAAAUGGUAAAAAAUCUUUGCGCAUACAUAUUUCUAACUAUACUCCUACAUACCAUUGUAUCUGAAUUAUGAAAGCAGUAAAACUUAAUUUUUAUUUUGAGAAAAUUUUAAUUAACUUGGUAAUUACAUUAUAACAAGAAGUAAUACGAUCGCUCAAAUUGGAAAACUACUUUCAUGAGAAGAUUGUAUUUAAGGCUUCAUGUUUGCAAUCUACUUUGAAAAUUUUUCGGGAAAAGUGAAUUUUCUGCAAAGGAUAAACGAUAUUGAAAAUAAAUAUGUAAUAUUAUUAGUCCAAUAAGAAACGUUAUUUUAUUUCCUGCUUUAUUUAAGUUCAAUUAAUGAGAGCGAACCUUAACACGCUAAAGUACUCCAGUAGUCUUUACAAGCCGAGCUCGCGAAGCUUGGUUUUAUAGUCUCUUUUAUGAAUAUACUAUAUACCAUAUGGACUUACAUACAUAAAGGCAAGGGUAAAUGUUUGGUUUUCUCAUUCUGACUUCUGGAAAUAAAACACAUAGAUUAGGUUACAUUGGCCGGCUAUCACACCAUUCGUAGACUCUCUGGUCCUUAGUAAUGCCAGAUGGAGGCUUAGUUUAAUUUGAAGUAGACAUGAUAUCUAAUUUUGAUACUUCAACUUCUUAUUUUUCUUUACUGGCGUAGACACCGCUUACGCGAUUAUAGCCGGGUACUUCAACUAGUCACUUGAACUGCGAUGCCCCUAGGCAUCUAAGACGAGGUCUUUUCGAGACCGUGGGAGGAAAAACAUAAGUGUUUUUUCUCCCGCACCUUGAUCUUGGCGUUCCCGCAUGACCUUAAAGCAUUCAACCAGCCAACAAAUUUGAAUAGAUGGAGCUUAGUACGUUUCUGACAGCUGGUUGUGUAUAUAAGUUAUUUUUCCACUAUCAUUUUUAAUACCCUGCAUAUAUCUAAUAUUUAGUAGUUCCAUAUAAUUCAGAUUCUUGUCUACCAUAUAUGUAUGUUUCUGUACAUACAUAGAAAUAUUAUGAGGUAAGGAUACAUAUUUCUGAAUAUUAGUACUUUCUAUGUUCUAAUCGGUCUAUAGAAUUUAAGGUUACUAGAAUAGCAGACAAGAAAUGAUUUUUUUAACUUAGAUUGGAGCAUAUUUUCUGUGAUUUUCCGUAAAGUUCAAAAAGUUCAGAGAGGUCUGAAAAAAUUUGAUUCAAAUUCAAUUAGAAAAUAUAAUGUUUAUUCUUUUUGCCAAAAAUCUCGUUUUCCGAACAUUGUUGAUUGCUGAAAGUCAAUCAGUAAUUUGAUUGAAUAAAAUGAACGAAUUAACGGCAUUCAUUUUUUUCCUUUGCUAUCUGCAUUCCGGCUUUGGUUUCCUGCCAAAAAGUCACAUUAACUGACUUUUUAAUUUAACUAUCAAUCGAAAACCUUUUCGUCGUAAUAUUUGUUUUCUAGGUUUUAUGGCUGUCAGUGACAUCUGUGGCAAAUGUCAAAUCAAAAUUAUCAUUAGUGUUUAGUAUACGCUUAUCUUAAUUAAGUACAUGAAGUGCAUUAGGCGAUUUUUACGAUGAGUGAAAUGAUGUAACAAGGAAGUUCCAUUAAAUUUUUUUGUCGGGAGCAAGUGUUUUUGAUUGGCACAACUUAUUCAAUGACGUACCACUUUCACGACUGUCAUCAACAUCAGCUGAUGGUCAACACGUCAAUAAAAUAAAGGAAUUUGUGCUUGAGAAUCGACGAUAUACAGUCAGAGAUCUUACUGGCAUCAUUAGAAUAUCGAAGGGAUCAAUGAAAACCUAAGAAAAGUGAAAGCACGAUUAGUUCCAAAAUCACUCAAUUUUAACGUCUAGGAAACGACUACCAGGAUGUCGUGAAACAUACUAUUACUGGCUAUGAGUCUUGGGUCUGUGUUUAUGACCCGUAAAUAGACGAUCUUUCGGCCGGAUGCAGUGACAAAGUUGAGCUGAAGCCGAAAAAACCUCGUCAAAGCAGGUCAAAAAUUAAGGUUAUGUUGACAGAUUUCUACGAUUACCGCGGUGUUGUGCAAUCCGAAUUAUUUCCGACCGACCAAACUGUAAACAAGGAAACUAUUUGAAUGUUAUGUGUUGUUUGCGCGAAGCUAUUCGUAAAAAGAGGCCGGAAUUACUCAUCGACAAGUCUUGGUUUUUGCACCACGAUAAUGCACCGUCGCACCCUACAUUGAUUCUUCGUGAGCUUUUCGUGCCACAAUCACCGUAUUCGCUUGAUUUAGCUUUAUGGGAUUGCUGGCUGUUCAGUAAACUUAAACGAUCGCUUCGGGGAAACCGUUUUCAGUCAAUUGAAACACUAAAUUUGAAUCGCUACGCGCUUUGAAGGCUAUUCCGGAAAUUGACUUUAACAACUAUUUCAAGGAUUGGAAAAAAUGUUGGUACGAAUGUAUUUGGGCCAAGGGAGACGACAUAGAUUUUGAAGAAUAAAUUAAGAACUUGAAAAUUUUAAACAAAGUCUUACUAUAUUUUGUUCAUAGUAGUAUAACCGUUUCUUCAACGCUUCAACCAAGUUUUAUUAAGGUAUACCCAAUUUAUUCGGUAUGUUUUCCGGCUUUCCACUUUAACUGUUAAUAUUACAGACUCUUCUGUAGUGAAUUUGGUACUAACACAAUUAGGGCCAAACUCAAUAAGUCCGAAUACAUGCCCGAAUGUUUCGAAGUUUAUGUUUCUGUUAAUAACUGUUAAUAAUUUCAUUUAUUUUUUGACAUGUAACGCAAGUGUUAUAGGAUUACAAGUGCAACAGCUCUUAAUGUUUGUUCGAUUCGCGAGUUUGGUGAAUAUAAGAUGAGUUAUGAGAUGACAUCUAGAGUAGUAGACAACUACUUAACAACAACGUUCCAAGAAACGACAUUUAAAUUUAAAUCUCAUUUUCGAACCCACGUCGUCACAACCGAUCAUAACUGUUCUCAAAAAUAUUUUCUGCGAUAGGAAUUCGAAGCUUUGUGAUUUAGUGUUUAGUUUAUUUACUUAAGUAGAACCGUGUACAGUCAGUGUCUAAGGUUAAGGGAAAAAAUUUGUAAUUAUAUUAAAAAUGUAAAUCAAAUCCAAUCGCUACUCUUGAUUAAAUUGUUAUUCAUAAGUUAUAUGUAUAAGUGGUGGAAUUGCAAAUAUUAAGCAAACAGGGUGCACAACCAAAGUUGUUGGUACGUAUGAAGUUGGGAGGUAAUUAGACUAAAUGUGACUACAGCAAUUUAAAAUACGAAUUACAAAGAUUAUAAUUAAGAAAUACUACAAUUUAGUUGAAGCAAUUUAUACUCUAAGGCUUGUGUAAGAAAAAAACUUCUAAAUGCUGCAUAAUUAAUGACCGGUUCAUAUUUCAAAUUUAUUACUUGAGGCGUUUAGGUAAAUAAAUAUCCAAGCGCUAGCAAUAUCAAGGAGUAUUUGUGAAUACCGGCGAACUUGGUUGACGAAAGCUUAAAGUGUUUCUGCAAAUAGACACAAGUUCUAACUCAAACAUAAGCGCUGGCCACGUACAUGACACAAAUGACACAAGCAACUACAGAGCCACAGCAGAGGAAGCCAAAGCGUCAACGCUCAAAGCUCAUGCGAUGUCCUUUCGGUGGGUUGCUGGCAGCACAACAAAAAUCCUACCGAAGGCACACACUUUGAACCGCUGUGUAAUGCUAUGCUUAAUUAAAAUUCUUAUAUAUAUAAACGCAACCUUAACAAAUGAGCUGACUUAACGGUGUCAUUGGUGUCAGCACUGACGCAUUGUAAGUGAUAAUAAUAAUUACCGAUAAAGUGUGGUGACAAAACUAAAACACUUCCCAGAACUUGUGAAGGAAAAAUUGUGUUUUUUCUCCUGACUUUGUUUAUUAAAUUUAUGUUUCGGGGUGCCAACGGCAAGCGCGGCUAGUUGCGGAGGCGGCCAACUCCCAAGGCGAGAGCUGGCAAAGAGCCGCGUGUGGCGAAUGGUUGGUCAGUUGUGCGCGCGAGCUGGGCGUUUGCACGGUGCCUAAUUUAUUACCACCGCAGUGAACCGGUUUUGGCGAUUCUCCACCACGGUGUGUAAUUCCAUGCCGUAAAUUGAAAUCGCAAGCGCUGCUAAGCACCCACAAAACCAAAUAGUGUUGGCAUACACGCAGCAGUCUCAGGGGAGCGUGUCCCACCUAGUUUCACUGAAGCAGGUCCACAACAUGGCACACAAAUGAAAGGUAUGAUAAAUGAACCUUUAAACAAAGCAACGUGUUGACCCGCGGCCAUAGCUGUGCAGUCGAAAUUUUUCAGCGAAAAAAGACUAUCGCAAACUAUCCUUGAAACGACACGCUUUCUCGCGUCCCGGCUCCACUUAGCUGUGCCUUUUUCAGUUGGCAGAAAAGUUUAUUUACCUUUUAAUUACUCAUGAAAUUAGUUCCGCUAAAUGUUCUCUCUUAAGUUCCAAGGCAUAUACAGGGUGUUCUAUUACUUGCUAAUUAUAAAAGGGCGCUAAGCAACAUUUGAAGGUAUGAAUACCGAUAGUAUGACCUUUUUCGCAUAAAUAAAAAUAAAUAAAAGAAUGCUUGAAAAGAGAGGGGUCGAUCGACUUAUUGUUUACUAAUCUUACAUCGCUCUUGAAGAACCCGUUAUAUACUUAAGUUAUUCUUGGGCACACAUUUCUACUUUUAUGAAGUGCUAAGUCAGCAUAAAACCAAAAACAAAUUAAGCAAUUAAAAUCCAAAAUAUAUAUGUAUAUACAAGUAUAUACAUAUGUUACAUGUAAUUUAUAGGCAAGUGCGUACUAGUAUAUAUGUACAUAUGUACGAUUUAUAUAUAUGUAUGUAAGUGUUUAAAACGAACGAAUACUGUGAAUUUUUAAUGUAUUGCUUUCGGUAAGUCUUAAUCUAUUAAAAUAAUUAGAAUUGAAUACUCAAAUUUAAGCCCAGUGUUGGCUAUAAACAUGAUUUGUUGAAUUUGUUAGACAAAUCUAAUUAAUAAAUUAGC